GUUUUACCCCCAGCCACUGCUUCCUUUCUCGGUUUUUUUGCGCGGCGUGCAGGGACCUAAAGAAUACGAUCGCCCUGGUCUCUCUCCUCGUUCCGCGUAGGAGACGAGCCCGCGGUGGCGAGUCGCGCGCGAAGGUAGGGCGAGGGAAGGCGGGCAAUGCCGCGAUCGCCCCGCCGCUCCGUCGCCGUCGACUUCGCCUUUAUAUGGGGAAAGAGGCCUUCGUUCGUGGCGUCCAUCGCUGGUUCCACCGCCGUAUCGCCAGCGCCUUAGCCGUGAGCAAGAACGGGACGAAGAGGAGGAGGAGGAGGAGAAAGGGGAUCAGUUUAGAGUUAUAGAGGGCCCCGGCAUCUCUAGUCUUGGAUUCCUCAGGUUUCCCUGCUGGUCGCCAUGGAUGCCCACAAAAAGAACAUGCUUGAGACUGAAUUCUUCACGGAGUACGGUGAAGCAAGCCGAUAUCAGGUACAAGAGGUCAUCGGCAAGGGAAGCUAUGGGGUAGUUGGGGCUGCAAUAGACGCCCAUACUGGAGAGAGGGUGGCGAUCAAGAAGAUCAACGAUGUGUUUGAGCAUGUUUCUGAUGCCACUCGCAUUCUCAGGGAAAUCAAAUUGCUUAGGCUGCUUCGCCACCCUGAUAUUGUAGAAAUUAAGCAUAUAAUGCUUCCCCCAUCUAGGAGGGAAUUUAAAGACAUUUAUGUUGUUUUUGAGCUGAUGGAAUCAGACCUUCAUCAAGUUAUAAAGGCAAAUGAUGAUCUCACACCUGAGCACCACCAGUUCUUCUUAUACCAGCUACUUCGAGCCAUGAAGUAUAUUCAUUCAGCUAAUGUUUUUCAUCGGGAUUUAAAGCCAAAAAAUAUCCUUGCCAAUGCAGAUUGCAAAUUAAAAGUCUGUGACUUUGGCCUUGCCCGUGUAUCAUUUAAUGAUGCCCCAUCAGCUAUUUUUUGGACUGAUUAUGUGGCAACAAGAUGGUAUCGUGCUCCUGAAUUAUGUGGCUCUUUUUUCUCCAAGUACACACCUGCGAUUGAUAUUUGGAGCAUAGGGUGCAUAUUUGCAGAAAUGCUUACAGGGAAACCAUUGUUUCCUGGCAAGAAUGUGGUGCAUCAAUUAGAUCUCAUGACUGAUCUGCUUGGAACUCCUUCACCUGAAUCCAUUGCUAGGAUUCGAAAUGAAAAGGCUAGAAGAUAUUUAAGUAAUAUGCGAAAAAAACCACCAGUUUCUUUCUCACAGAAGUUUCCUAGUGUGGAUCCUUUCGCUCUUCAUUUGCUUGAGCGCCUACUUGCAUUUGAUCCUAAAGAUCGACCAACUGCUGAAGAGGCACUAGCCGAUCCAUACUUUAAUGGUCUGUCAAAUGUUGAGCGUGAACCUUCAACGCAGCCUAUAUCAAAACUUGAAUUUGAGUUUGAAAGGAGGAAAUUGUCAAAAGAUGAUGUAAGAGAGCUGAUUUAUCGAGAGAUAUUGGAGUACCAUCCUCAGAUGCUGCAGGAGUAUCUGCGUGGUGCGGAUCAGACUAACUUUAUGUAUCCAAGUGGUGUUGAUCGUUUUAAGCGACAAUUUGCUCAUCUUGAAGAACACUUUGGUAAGGGGGAAAGAAGCACUCCACUUGGGCGGCAACAUGCAUCCUUGCCCAGGGAGAGGGUGGGUGCAAAUAAAGAUGAGAUCCCGGAUCAAAAUAAUGAUUUCGAGAAGCGAAGUGCAGAUUCUGUUGCUCGUAGUACACUUGAAAGCCCUACAAGGUCACAGCAGGGUGAGAGAUCAGAUCAUGCAUCAGUUACAGAUGGCAUAAACAGGCCAAAGUACAGUGCUCGUAGCUUGUUGAAGAGUGCUAGCAUCAGCGCUUCCAAGUGUGUAGUUGUCAAAGGAAGGAAGGAUUCAGAAGAGGAACCGAUUGCCGAGAACACAGAAGAGACGGCUGAGGGCUUGUCCCAAAAGGUAGCUGAAUUAUGUGCCUAACAACAAAGUUAUGAGAAUACAUAAUUGGAUGAUUAGUCACAGAUUAGGAUGUAUGUCCUAAACUCCAAGUUUCAGGUCAGAUUAUCUAAGAUUGUUAUUAAACAUGGCAUUAUCUUCACUUUUAUUGCUAAUAGGGGUGAAUUUGUUGUUAAUUAUGAUCUGGGGUUGCAUCUGUUAGAUCCCGAAUGUUGUUUUCUCAACUAUACUGUAUGUUCCAAUUGUUGCUGGAACAUCAAUGUGUAGCUUGCGCCUGCUGCUGGUAUUUGUAUUAUUUGAGGGGGAAAAUUUUUCUUUCAUUCAGUAGGUAAUUUCAACAUUCCCGCGUUUCGUUCAUCCCAGAUUUUUAAUUUGUUAAUUAAUCUCAUUUACUUAUGUA